AAAAUUUGUCAAAAAUGAAAUAUUUUAUUUUUGCUUUUCUUCUUGGUUUCGUUCAGAUAGCAUUUGGAUUUCCUCAAAAUAACAAUCAUGAGGAACAGAAUAAAAAUGUUAUAAGUGAAAUACAAUUUAACGUGAAAAAAAUAAUUGUCGAUUUCAAAGAGUUUUCAACUAGUGUUAAAGAAAAUUUACAAAAAUAUUUUGAUCAAGAAGAUAAAAAUGUUCCUGAGCAAUUACAAACAUUGAAACAUGACAUUUUCAAAGAAGUUGAGGUUGAGAUAUUGAAUGAUGUAAACAAAGAGGAAAAUCUUUGUUACAUAAUUGCAAAAACUAAUAUCGAAACAAUACUUCAAAAUAAAACACAAAAAAUUCGACAAUGUCAAUUUGAUGAAUUAUUAUUUGGUUUUUCUCCAAUUUACAUAAAUAUGAAUGUUACUCUCAAGAUGGGUUAUGAGCUAGUUGAUAAUUUAAACUCAGUGAAGAAAAGCUGCGAAUAUGUUGAGGAUGAACCAAUAUGCCUUUCUAACACUAAAUUAGGAGUCGAAAUACUUGUCAAUAAUUUAAAAAACAGUAUAAAUCAAAUGACACAAUUAGCAAAUGAAGCAUACAAUUCAAUGCUGUCCAAAAUGGAAGAGUGCAAAACUAAAGAAAUUAAGGGACUAAAAGAAAAAUUUCAUCUAAUUAAAAACAAUGCCAACGGUUGUUCCUCAAUUAUUUAAUUGUUUUUAAUAAAAAUAUUAAUAUUAAAUUA